AUGUUGAGAUCGCUUUAUUCGAUUUCUUCCAGAAGACUUUUAUCGAGCUCAGCUAGACGUUUGGCGGAAGUCAACGUCACAGUGGACGGUAAAACCGUCCUGAUAGAAGCGGGCUCCAGUAUCAUCCAGGCAGCUGACAAAGCUGGUGUGAUGAUUCCCCGUUACUGUUACCACGACAAGUUGGCCAUUGCAGGUAACUGCCGAAUGUGUCUUGUUGAUGUUGAAAGAAUGCCAAAAUUAAUUGCGUCUUGUGCUGUGCCGGUGCAAGAUGGUAUGGUUGUUCACACAGACAGUGAAAGAAUACACAAAGCAAGAGAAGGUGUUACUGAAAUGUUGUUGGAGAACCACCCGUUGGACUGUCCAGUGUGUGACCAAGGUGGUGAGUGUGACUUGCAAGAACAAUCCAAUAGAUAUGGUACUGACAGAGGUAGAUUCAGAGAAAUCGCUGGUAAGAGAGCCGUCGAGAACAAGGCCAUUGGUCCUUUGGUCAAAACUUCGAUGAACAGAUGUAUCCACUGCACUAGAUGUGUUAGAUUUAUGAAUGAUGUCGCUGGUGCUCCUGAGUUGGGUACGACAGGUAGAGGUAACGAUUUGCAAAUUGGUACCUACAUCGAAAGAAACAUCAACUCCGAGAUGUCCGGUAACAUCAUCGACUUGUGUCCUGUUGGUGCAUUGACUUCCAAACCAUAUGCAUUCAGAGCCAGACCUUGGGAGUUGAAGAGAACUGAGACUAUCGAUGUCAUGGAUGCCGUGGGAUCCAACGUUAGAGUGGAUGCUAGAGGUAUCGAGGUCAUGAGAGUCUUGCCCCGUUUGAAUGAUGAAGUCAACGAAGAAUGGAUUUCCGACAAAUCUAGGUUCGCAUGCGACGGUUUGAAGACUCAAAGGCUAACCAACCCAUUGAUCAAGGACGGUGACCAGUUCAAGCCUGCCACUUGGGAUGAAGCUCUUUCUACUAUUGCCGUCGCAUUCAACAAGCUUAAACCUGUGGGUGACGAGUUGAAGGCUAUUUCUGGUACUUUCGCUGACGCCGAAGCUAUGGUGGCUUUGAAGGACUUGGUGAACAAGUUGGGAUCCGAAAACACCGUGACUGAUGUUGUUCAGGCCACUGAUGCUCAUGGUGUUGACAUCAGAUCCAACUACGUAUUCAACAGUACAAUCGAUGGCAUUGAGGAUGCGGACCAGAUUUUGCUUGUUGGUACCAAUCCUAGAUUUGAGGCGGCUGUCUUGAACGCUAGAAUCAGAAAGGUUUGGUUAAGACAGGAUUUGGAAAUUGCUGUAGUGGGUCAAGAUUUCGAAUCCACAUUCAAGUACGAGAAGUUGGGUGCUUCUGCCAACGACUUGAAGAAGGCAUUGGGAGGAUCCUAUGGUAAGAGAUUGUCCGAAGCCAAGAACCCAUUGAUCAUAGUUGGUUCUGGUGUGGCCGACUCCGAGGAUGCCAAGGCCAUCUACAGCACCGUUGCUGAUUUCGCUUCCCAAAACAAAAACUUCAACACUGAGGAAUGGAAAGGUGUUAAUGUUUUGCACCGUGAAGCAUCUCGCGCUGCUGCUUUGGAUCUCGGAUUCCAAAACUUGAACGCUGAAACUGCUAAGCCUAAAAUUGUUUACUUGCUUGGUGCCGACGAGAUCAAGGGCUCCGAUAUUCCAAAGGAUGCAUUCGUCAUUUACCAGGGUCACCACGGUGAUGUGGGUGCUUCAUUUGCUGACGUUAUUUUGCCAGGUGCUGCCUACACCGAGAAGUCUGCUACUUACGUCAACACUGAAGGAAGAACGCAAGUCACCAGAGCUGCCACAAACUCUCCAGGCUCUUCGCGUGAAGACUGGAAGAUCAUUAGGGCUCUUUCUGAAUACCUCGGGGCACCAUUGCCUUACGACGACUUGUAUGCUGUUAGAGAAAGAUUGGGCCAGAUUGCCCCUCACUUUGUCAGACACGAGGUCAUAGAGCCUGUUUCUCAAGAGAUUGCGCAGGUCGGUCUCAAAGACAUCGUUGGUAGACACAACACAUUCAAGGCCGCUGGUGUACCAUUGAAGAACCCAAUCAGUAACUUCUACUUCACUGAUGUGAUCUCCAGAUCCUCGCCUACAAUGGCCAAGUGUGUUUCAGCGUUUGGAGCCAAAAUUGACAAGCUCAAAGACCCAAAGCCAUUGGUUGACAUCUAA